AUGGAGAAAAAAAACUCUCACGCCGACCUCUAUGCCCUAACACAGGUACGCCAAGAAUCGCUUCGGUCAUUCGUAGGACGAUUCAAGGAAGUCAUCGUCACUGGUUCAAUCCCAGACGCUGCGACUAUCGUCGCACUCAAGGAUACCCUAUGGUAUGAAUCUCGGUUCAAGGAAGAGCUGUCCUUGUCACACGUGGAAACCAUUGCCGACGCAUUGUGCCGAGCAGCCAAACAUAUUGAGCUCGAAGAGGAAAAGGCCGUCAAUGCUAAGAAGCACACAACGACAAAGAGCACCAUGGCAAAAGAGCCAACGGUUAUAGCUCCAAAAACCGAGCACGUCGAGCCCCGACAACAUUUCAGUCGGAAUCAAGAUCAGACUCGUGGGACUUUCGCGAUCAACGACGACGCACAACAGAAACAACUAUGGAUCGUAUAUGUCCAAAGGGAAGGAGGGGGAAGUAGCGCGACCCAAUACUGUGAUUACCAUCAAAGUUCCACUCAUGCAACCGAGGAGUGCCGCUACCUACAAACAAUCUUGAUGGAACGAUACAAAAAGGGCGCAAUAGUCGUCGAGUCUGACAGAAGCAAGGCACUCCGACCAGAGAGAAGCGAUACUAAGCGAGGUGAAACUGUUGCCCGAAAGUUUGUAAGCAAGGAUUCCAAGAUUCUCGACGACCAAAGUGGGGACGAACUGGAGAUGCCGGAUGACGUCGCCCACGAGAAACGACCACGUACAGAUCGAAAGCUCAAGCAACAUCCACCACAACCCAGGCGACAGAUAAAUAUGAUUAUGGGAGGGUUAGCAGAGUGUAACGACUCGGUCAGGUCAAUUAGGGACUACACUAAGAAAACCGAGAUGAAAAAGUCCUGGCCAUCAAGAGUUGACUCCCCGAACACACGUAUAUCCUUCGACAAUAGCGACCUCGAGGGGUUAGAUCUACCACACAACGACCCAUUGGUCAUCGAGCUUCUCAUAAGCGAGAGCCAAGUCACAAAAAUCCUGAUCGAUACCGGAAGUUCAGUAAAUGUGAUCUUCAGGAAUGUCCUCGCACAAAUGGAGGUAAGCGAGAGCGACAUCAUGCCAGAAUGCCAUUCGCUAACAAGGUUCGAUGGAGACUUCGUCAUGUCAAUCGGCACCAUAGAUCUGCCGAUCUUUGUUGGUGGAACAGCUCAGUAUUUUUGGUUCGCUGUCAUAGACAAGCCUACCAUCUUUAACGUCAUCCUGGGAACCCCGUGGCUCCAUAAGAUGCACGCAGUUCCGUCGACGUACCAUCAGUGUGUCAAGUUCCCAAUCCCAAAAGGAGUAUACACACUGCGCGGCAACCAGCAGAGCGCGAGAGCGUGUUUUCUGAUUGAACAUAAGAUUCGCACAUCGAAGAGGUUAUAG